GCGUGCCCUUUUGGCGCCUGUUCGUGGCUUCCGGUUGUGCUCCCGAGCUGUGUCCGCGCGGAUUGCUGUCCGGGUUCUGUUACGAACAUUAAUCAGACAUUGGGUGUUUCUAGAGAAAUGGAGGAUCAACAAACUGAAAUUGUUACUGAGUGUGAUGUGCAAGAGGAUCAAAUAUCUGCAAAAAGAAGCCGGGAAGAAAGCCCGGAGGAGCAGAAUGGAGGUGAGAGUGACCAGACUCAGUCGCCAACUUUCCAUGGUAGAAACCUGAGAAAACGUAGACAGUAUUAUUGCCCUGAGUGUGAAAUAUGUUUUAAAGACAGUGCCGAGCUCGAGAGCCAUCGCAAGAACCACAACGAGGAGAAGUCACAUCAGUGUGAGGUCUGCAAAGAAUAUUUCAGCUUCAAGUCUGAGCUCAUUGUUCAUCGUAGGCAGCAUUCACAAACGACGGUAACUACAAAAGAGAACUACUUUAUCAUGAGUGGGUCGGACAGCUGUAGCUCCUAUGAAGGUGAAGGCGAAGGCGAAGGCGAAGACAGUCCCCCUCCAGAGUACAAGCCACUUCAGUGCAAAUACUGUGAGAAGCGAUUUAGGGAUCGGUCAAUUCUAGAAGCACAUCAACGUACACACACGGGAAAACUGGCCUACCCAUGUAUGCUGUGUGAAGAGAGCUUCUCAAAACCUUCUCUCCUUUCUGCCCACAGUAAUAUCCACAAGGAUGGAAAGCCUUUCCAAUGUGACCAGUGUGAAAAGAAAUUCAACGAUCAAGCACUGCUUGUGGCUCACAAGAGAACUCACACUGGCGAGAAACCUCAAAAGUGUAACCAUUGCAACAAAUGGUUCCCCAAUCAGAGCAGCCUUGAUGCGCAUGGAGAGUGCCACUUGAAGCCUAAACCUUACAAAUGCAGGCACUGCGAAAAAAGCUUCAAUGACAAGUCACUGCUCAUUACCCAUGAAGGCGUGCACACAGACACCAAGCCCUUCAAGUGCACACAGUGCAAUGAGAGCUUCUUCCUGAAGACACAGCUGGUGUCCCACCAGGCUACACACGCCUCGGAAAAGCCCUUCCAGUGCAGCCAGUGUGAGCGGAGCUUCAACAAGGAAGAGACACUCGUGGCUCACAUUCGUGUCCACAAUCUUCAGAAUCAGAAGUAGCCAGAUGACCCCUGAAUCAUGUUUAUGUGGUUUUCGAUAUUGCAUGAACAUUCACAUGUCGACAUUCAGCUUCUGUCUAGUCCUCGUCCUGAGAUUCUGCUAUAGUGGCUACCGUUUCAGAGACCAAACUCCCCCCUUGCCGGUUUGUGAGCCAGCCUUGGCCCAUGGAGAAGAUGACAUUAUAAAACUCCCUUAAGGAAGAACAUUCUGUACAUUCAUAAAUAUACAGAUUCUCUCAGUGGGAAGAAUUUUAAACCAGUGAAGUUUGUUUUUGCAUAUUCUGAAGGGAAGUAUCCUGUGUGUCUAUCACUCUCCAUCAAUAUGACUAAACAACAUAAUGUUAUACAUUAUGCUAGCAAUUACAUAUUCAUUUACAGUGCGCCUGAAGCUUGUUUCAUAUGUCUGCUUCCUCCAUGUGUUUCCAUAGCGCACAACUACAAAUAGAGGUCGCCAUCAGCAUUGUGGGAGCUUAUACGACAGCUCUCGGUAGCAAUGCAUUUAUAAUAGGUGAUCUAAAAUAGGGAUUGGCCGAUAUUAAUUUUCUUUUUUUUAGAGCUGAUCCCGAUAAUCUGUGAGAUUUCAGGCCGAUAGCCGAUAACUAACCGAUAUUAUGUACAUUUCCCAUUUUGAAAAAAUAAACAAUUUCUAAAGGUAAAUGCACAAAAUAUACAUGCCACCUGUAGUGGAUGCAGUGUGUUUAGACAGGGGAGCUGUGUGUAGUGGAUGCUGUUUGUAUUUGUGUAGUGUGUAUAUAAUGAAUGCAGAGUGUGUUUAUGUAGUGUGUGUAUAUAAUGAAUGCAGAGUGUUUGUGUAGUGUGUGUAUAUAAUGAAUGCAGAGUGUUUGUGUAGUGAAUGUAGUGUGCGUAAAAUGAAGGCAGUGUGUUUGUGUA